AUGUCUGCACCUCUUCGUAUUCAGUCCUGGAGGGCGAUCAAAACCCUCCAACAUGCGAUCCAAGUAUCGCGCUCCUCGAGAGCCACCACCCUCCGAAUCGGCCAGCUCUCCAACCCAAUGACGAAAAGGGCAAUCAGCUACACCACCCAAAACCGCAACCAGACUGCCGCCAAACCCACACCAGCAACACCUGUCGCAAAGGCCGCCUCCUCAGCUUCAACGCCAAUCCCAACAGGUGUCCCCGCAUCCCGUAUCCCAGGCAGCACCCCCAGCCGCGCAACCACCGAAAACAUCUCCAAAACCGGGCUGUCCGAUAAGCCCCUCGAGCUUGAGGAACCGGCCGAAGAGAAGAUCGACUGGACGCGUUCAUUCCAUGGCCUGUCUGCUGCGCCAUUCCCCAAAGAAGCGGCUGAUAUUCUACUCAAGGAGAUCGACCCGGACGAGGUUGAGAUCAAGCCUGAUGGCAUCCUCUACCUCCCAGAGAUCAAAUACCGACGGAUCCUGAACCGCGCUUUCGGCCCCGGUGGAUGGGGACUCGUACCACGGAGUGAGAGUAUUGUUACACCCAAGACUGUGACGAGAGAGUAUGCUCUUGUUUGCAAUGGACGCCUUGUCUCCGUGGCCCGUGGUGAACAGGACUACUUCUCCCCAGACGGCAUCCCCACCGCCACAGAAGGCUGCCGAUCCAAUGCACUCGUGCGCUGCUGCAAGGACCUCGGCAUCGCCAGCGAAUUGUGGGACCCGCGCUGGAUCCGCAAGUAUAAGGCGAAGUACACGCGCGAGGUGUUCGUUGAGCACGUUGUUAAUAAGCGGAAGACGAAGAUCUGGACUCGGAAGGAUGACCCUGUUGGAUACCCGUGGAAGGAGACGGGGAGUAAAUAG